AUGAAGCUCACUAUCUUCUUCCCCCUGGCUGCUUUCCUGACAUGGACUGUCGCUGAUUGUCUGGAUGAACCCAGUGCCUGCCUUACUAAAUGUAUCAACGAAGCCGCUGGUGUGGCUGGCUGCAGUGCCACUGAUUACGUGUGCACUUGCCCAAGCACAGCGUUCAAGGACACGCUCGGUGCCUGCAUGAAGGCUUCAUGUACCGCGGAAGACAUAACAGCUGCCGGAGAAUUGCACAAGGAACGUUGUGGGUCGGCGCCUGAGUAA